AUGGCCGCCCCCCGGUUUCUCCGACCAACUGGUCGCCUGCUGCAGUCGCGAAUUUCCUUGCCAAUUUCUCGCCCAGCUGUCCGACUGCCAGCUGCCGCUGCUCAGUCCAUCUCAUCUCGCCGUACAUACGCUUCCGAGGCUACGAAGGAGGUUACUGUCAGAGACGCUUUGAACGAGGCGCUCGCCGAGGAAUUGGAAAGCAACAAGAAGGUCUUCGUCCUCGGAGAGGAGGUUGCGCAAUACAAUGGAGCAUACAAGGUGACGCGAGGUCUCCUUGAUCGCUUCGGGCCCAAGCGUGUCAUUGAUACUCCUAUCACUGAGGCUGGUUUCACCGGUUUGGCCGUUGGUGCCGCUUUGGCUGGUUUGCACCCAGUCUGUGAAUUCAUGACCUUCAACUUCGCUAUGCAAGCUAUCGAUCAGAUUAUCAACUCCGCCGCCAAGACGCAUUACAUGUCUGGAGGUAUCCAGCCUUGCAAUAUCACUUUCCGUGGUCCCAAUGGCUUUGCCGCUGGUGUCGCUGCUCAGCACUCGCAAGAUUACUCUGCCUGGUACGGAGCUAUCCCUGGUUUGAAGGUUGUCUCGCCCUGGAGCGCAGAAGACGCCAAGGGUCUGCUUAAGGCUUCGAUCCGUGAUCCCAACCCUGUUGUCUUCCUUGAGAACGAGCUUCUCUACGGUCAGUCUUUCCCAAUGAGCGAGGAGUCCCGCAAGAGCGACUUCGUUCUUCCUAUCGGAAAGGCCAAGAUCGAGCGCUCCGGUAAAGAUUUGACCAUUGUUACGCUGUCCCGCUGUGUCGGUCUCUCUCUCCAGGCUGCCGCUGAGCUCAAGGAGAAAUACGGAGUCGAAGCUGAAGUUAUCAACCUGCGAUCCGUCAAGCCCCUCGACGUGGAGACCGUUAUCAAGUCGCUGAAGAAGACCGGUCGCUUCAUGGCCGUUGAGUCUGGUUUCCCCAUGUACGGAGUUUCUUCCGAGCUUCUCGCCGUUGCCAUGGAGUACGGAUUCGACUACCUCACUGCCCCCGCUGUCCGUGUCACUGGUGCCGAUGUCCCAACUCCUUACGCUCAGAAACUUGAGGAGCUGAGCUUCCCUCAGCCUGAUACCAUUGUCGGCCAAGCCGUCAAGCUUCUCCGACUAUAA